AUGAAAGCACGGUGCCGCAGAGCCAUCCUAUGUACGGGGCGAGGCGGAUCAGUGAGGGGGGCUCCAGCGGAACGAGCUCCGGACAGUCUCAAAAAGGAGGGCGUGCUGCUUUUGAGUGCUGUGUUGCCUGGACACAUACGGAGCCCCAGACAAGAUCGGAACCCGCAGCCCGAUCUCGAGCCACCGGUCGGUCUUAUUAUAUAUUUUAGUCGACCUUCUACGUCAUUUAACGCGAUGGCCUGGCGGCCAGUAGUUUUGAACCUUGUGGUGGGUCUCGGCUUUCUCCGCGCAGUCCACGCAGAGGAAGUUUGCGACGGGCACCACGCCACAAGCUCCAACUUGCUGCAGCACGAUCACGUCAGAGUGGUUCUGGCAAGUGCCGCAGAAGAUGGCGAGUCUGGCGCCGGCAACUCUUCGUUUUCAACGAACGCAACGAAUGGUUCAUCGAUCGUCGACAGGGUGGAUGCUUGCCUCAGGCAGCGAAUGUCGCGCGAGGGAGAUCCUGAACGGCUGCGUCGCUGGGAGUUGGUGCGCGAAGCAGAAAUCACCACCAGGCUGGCUCGCGCCGGCGUCCAAAUGAGGGAGUGGCCAAUUGACCCGGAAGUGAUCCAAGCAUUCCAGGUGGCUGGCGAGCAGGCGGCAGAGUCGAUCGUCAGGGAAGAGUUUGCCAGAACGAGGAUGGCGACGUUGUCCAACGCCAACUUGAGCCAGUCUGCGAUCCAGCGCUUUGCUGCGGCCGUCGAGAAGAUGGAGGCGAUGUGUGGGCACGAAGCCGUGGAGGAGAAUGCGGAUGUGGCUCACACGCAAGGCCGGAGCAAAGAGAGCUCCGGGCUGGCAGAGAUCUCGGCGUAUGCCGCAGGCUUGUGCAAGUCUGAAGCUUUGGAUCCGAACUUCUUCAUGGACCAUUUCGGAAGCGCCGAGGAUUGUUCAGAAAUGAUCUCGAGCUCACGCUUGGUACAGCUGAACAAGUUCGCUCGAAAGCUGGAGUACAUCGCCAAGGCGGCUUUAGUCCUGCACGAUGCGGAGAACCAGCUGGGUCACCACUUCAAGCAACACUUCCAGUCACAGAGCUCCUUCACCCAGAUGUCCACAUCGUCCUCACAGCCGAUGGCAGAUGCUGUGCUUCGUCAUGCGAAGAGUCGACCUCGCAUGGCGCGCCUGCGGUACUUGGACCAGGUCUAUUACGAGGACGUCUACGGAUUUUCGACCAACGCCUAUUGCCAAUCCAACUUCCGCAACAAGCGCGAGGAUCCAGAACAUUGGGUCAGUCAAAGUGAAGAGAUCCAGGCAUAUGUUCAGUGCCUUUGCGUGGACCACAAUCCAUCUUUGUUGUGCGACACCCUGCACGCCGAGCCGCUGGAGCGCAUUAGACCCCACGUGCACCGCCGCAUGCGGGGCGACGGUUUCGGGGGCGGCGACGGGUGGAGCGACGCAUGGAGCAACACGACCCAAGGCCAAGGAGGUUUCGCCUCACAGGGCAGUUCACAGGGUUCGAGCUUGGUGGAGCUUGCGGCUGAGCAAUCUGGGCAGAGCGCGGCGGCGGCGACGCUCGGGCCCUGUGGGGCGGACAUGGCGAAGGGAAUUCCCGGGCCUGUCCCCAAUUGCAGGGUUACGGUGAACGGAAAGGUGAUUGAGAAGCAAGUGUUCGCGGCAGCUCUCAGCAACUUCCAGGUUAUCCAGGAUUGGGUGGACGAUCCCGAAGUCUGUUUAGGUGGCUUUUGCGCGCCCUGCAUGGGCAUCAAGCCCAACGACCCCAUCAAGUUCAUGCUGGACUUGGGAUUCGAUGGCGUCUGCAGUAGUGGGGUCACGUCUUCCAUGGCCAAGUUCCACAUGUAUGCAAAAUUGCAAAUAUGCAUUGGUGGUGCGCUGGGAGAGAUAGCAAAAGCAAUUGGUUAUGGGCGCGUCUGCAGGGAGCUUGGGCGGAUACAGUACUUCCUCUUCAUCAACAAGAUGCGUAUUCAUUCGAAUCUUCCCAUCCCAUUGCCACCGCCUCUUGGAGUGAGGGCUGAACUGGAGUCGAACCUAAACCUCGGUGAUAUCUCGCGAGCGACACGAGAGUAUUGUGGCCUAUUGGGCUCGCGGGAGUACCAGUGCUUGAAGGGCUUCUAUGAUGCACGGGGGCCCACCGAAACGACUAUCACGGCAGACCUUCUGAUUGGCAUCAAGAUCGACUUCAUCUUCUACACCUUGGAGAUCGGGAAAUGGGUUCAGGUGUAUAAGUACCACACCGUAGAGCACCACAACUCGCGAGAGCUGGCUAUGAACACCGCGGGAAUCACUUUCGUGCAUAUUGGCCCUUCCUCAGAACCCGACAAGUGUGGCCACACUUGGUCCGGAGUGAAUUGCCACAGUGCAUCCGGUGACAAGGGCCACCGUGCCAAUGAGGAUCACGCCGGUGCUUCCGACGACUUCAGGGUCUAUCGGCCCUACCACAGGCGCCGCGGGAACACACGGGCACUCUGUGUGCGGCGCACGGACAAGGCAGAGGGUUGGGGCAUGAACCUCGAGCUCCCAUGCAAGACGGACAACAGCGCAUUGAACAUUAUCGUGCCAAUCGGCCCCAGCCCUCAUAGCAAUCACAAGUGUUGGCUGCCAGAUGAGCCGGUGAGGUGCGAUUCCGACUCUGGCACCCGAAGGAAUCGCCUGGGCUUCGACGACCAUGCGGACGAAUUCCAAGUGUACUCUACCUCUGGCGGCCGCUGGUGCGCGAGGCGGACAGAUGCAAACUCGGGCUGGGCCUUGGACUUGGCCUUGGAUUGCAAGCCGACCGACGAAGUGGUGGAUUGGAAGACCAAGACGAUACACUUCGGACCGAGCGAGACCAAAAAAAGGUGCCUUAUGGUGGAAGAGGCCUUGGAGUGCGACCCGGACGCCGGUGAUCCCCACAAGCGAGCCAACAGGGACCAAAAUGGAGAUACAUUUUUCAUCUCAGUGUCGGAGGACGGCUUCGUUUGCGCGGACCGCACGGAUGCCAACCUCGGUUGGGGUAUGGAUCUGAAGAUCCAUUGCAAAGCACGAGACAAGGCCCGGAAGAGAGUUGAUGUCCACUUUGGUUCUUCGGAUUAUCGCAUGAAGUGUAUCCCCUUCCAUGGACUGCUUGAUUGCCCUGGUUAUGCCGGGAAUCCCGAGUACCGGCUCAAGGAGACGCAGCAUGGGGACACCUUCAUGACCUAUUGGGCCCGCGGCGAGGAUGACCUUCCAGUGAAUGAGGUCUGUGUUGUCCGCACUGACGAUCGUGAAGACUGGCGUUCGGGCUGGGGGCUCGACCUCGUGUUCUCCUGCUAUGGAAAGUAG